AUGGCUGCAGAUGGACAGCAAGAUGGUGUCCUCGACACGCUUCGGGACAUCCAGCAAACCCAACAGCGCCUGCUGAGCUCGGUUGAAUCACUCACCAGUAAACUUGGUUCUUCUACCCUUGACCCUGCCUCCAAGCUGCCAGUGACCCCCCUGCUCUCUGAGAGUGUUAAGGACCCCAAGCAAAAGGAUGUUGAAGCUUCUGCGGACCUCCAAUCGUCCUUUGAGAAUGGAACGGUCCAGCCUAGUUCAGCUCUGUCUCCAAGCAGCCGAACAGGCUUUACAUCGCGAAUCGUGCUCACGACGUAUCCAAAGCAGAUUGGCAUUGAUCCUCUCCAGAUGGACUGGGGAAAUCCCGAUCCCCUGCAGCGAGGACCCGUAGUCGUUUCGAGAGCCGCGUCUACCAUUCGUCGCAGAAAUGGUUCGUUCCCCGUCGGAGGCUCGUACUCGAUCUACUAUGCGCUGGCUGUUGCCAGCAAAGAGCUAAACGCCGAUCAUAGACCUGAUUACACAAACACGGAGCCAGCUGCGAAGAUUGGACCGUUCCCCCAAUGGGGCGAUAAGAAGAAGAUUGUUGCCAUGGACCCUUGGGGUCACCUGGUUCCAUGGACCUUCAAGGACAUUAUGGAAAAGGAAAAUGUUGACAUGCGACCAACAAUUGCCAUUACCAAGGCUCACAUGAAGCUGCCCGAGCUCGAGGAAAGUGUGAAGAGCGGCCGACUAGUCCCCGACGGAAAAGUCUGCCUGAAUGAGCUUGGAGAAUUGGCUGUUACCAAGUUUGCCGUCGAACCAGUCUGGUACCUACCCGGUGUGGCAGAGAGAUUUGGAAUUGAUGAGGCCACUUUGCGACGAUCGCUGUUUGAACAUACAGGAGGAAGUUACCCAGAGUUGAUUACUCGUGGAGAUAUCAAAGUGUUCCUUCCACCCAUCGGGGGUCUGACUGUUUACUGUUUUGGUGAUCCUGCGAAGAUGUCCGAUGAAUCCGUAAAAUUGUCUCUGAGAAUUCAUGAUGAAUGCAAUGGAAGUGAUGUGUUCGGUUCCGAUAUCUGCACAUGCCGACCAUACCUGAUCUUUGGCAUCGAAGAGGCUGUGAAGGAAGCUCAGAGGGGCGGCAGCGGCGUAGUUAUAUAUUUCAGGAAAGAAGGUCGUGCCCUUGGAGAAGUGACAAAGUACCGUAAGGCUACCCUGCUUAACAAUUAUACCUUCAUUGCCCAUACUUCAUUGGUUUACAAUGCUCGUAAGCGUGGCGAGGACCGAGCGUCAGAGUACUUUAUGCGCACAGAGAAUAUUGCCGGAGUCAAGGACAUGCGUUUCCAGGCUCUGAUGCCCGACAUUCUUCACUGGCUGGGUAUCAAGAAGAUUGACCGCAUGCUAAGUAUGAGCAACAUGAAACACGAUGCAAUUGUUGGUCAAGGAAUUCCCAUUCACGAGCGAGUGGAACUUCCGGAUGAACUCAUCCCGGCUGAUUCGAGAGUUGAGAUUGACGCCAAAAUUACUGCUGGUUACUUUACGGCUGGCAAACGUAUGACGGCUGAAGAAUUGCAAUCAGUACAGGGCAGAUUGUGGGAAGAUAUUGAUCAUUAA